GGUGCGGCCGGAUCCGGGACCCGAGGCCGGAGGGACCCCAGGCCGCCCGACUCUGCCCAGCUCUGCUCGCCUCUGGCUCCGGCGGCGGUGACUGGGGGCGCGCGCCGUGGGAAGGAGGAAGAUUGAAUUCCUCUCUUAAACUUCUGAAUUUUUUUACUGGUGGAAACAUUUUCUACAGAGCAGUCAAUGGCUUAAUUUGAGCAGGUGUUGCUGUGGCAUUGGUUCUGCUGUGCUUCAGGAAGCUCGAGUCUGAAGGAUACAGGGCUGUUUGUGAUGACAGUAUGACCCACAGUAAAGGAAGACCUGUCACUUGCAAGACAAGUGCCAGUCGGGAGAGUGGAGGAGGUUUUGUAGAUUGGACUUUAAAUUUAAAUACAAUUCAAUCCGACAAGUUUUUAAACUUACUUUUAAGCAUGGUGCCAGUCAUUUACCAGAAAAAUCAGGAAGACAGGCAUAAAAAAGUGAAUGGCAUUUGGCAGGACGGGCUGUCGGGUGCAGCACAGACCUUCAGCAAACGAUCAGAGCCACAUCUGGACUACCACGAGUUCUCAGAGCAGGCCUUCCACAGCAGCGGUGGGCAUGCUCCAGCCAGCUGCAGCCCCAAGUAUGACGACUAUGCUGGCUAUAACUACUGUGAUGGAAGAGAGGCUUCGGAAACCACUGCCAUGUUACAGGACGAAGAUCUGUCCAGUGAUGGCGAUGAUGUUAUUGUGGAAACAAGCCAGAGGCUCCCAAAGGAGUCCAGUGGGGUCAUGGCUUUACAGAUACUGGUGCCAUUCUUGCUGGCUGGGUUUGGAACAGUUUCUGCUGGCAUGGUUUUGGACAUAGUGCAGCACUGGGAGGUGUUCAAAAAUGUGACAGAAGUCUUCAUUUUGGUCCCUGCGCUUCUUGGUCUUAAAGGGAACUUGGAAAUGACAUUGGCUUCUCGAUUAUCCACUGCCGUAAAUGUCGGAAAGAUGGACUCCCCCAUUGAGAAGUGGAAUCUCAUCAUUGGCAACUUGGCUUUAAAGCAGGUUCAGGCUACAGUGGUCGGCUUUUUAGCAGCUGUGGCAGCCAUCAUACUGGGCUGGAUCCCAGAAGGGAAGUAUUACCUCAGCCACUCCAUGCUUCUGUGCUCCAGCAGUGUGGCAACCGCCUUCAUCGCAUCGCUACUGCAGGGAAUAAUAAUGGUUGGAGUUAUCGUUGGCUCCAAGAAGACAGGCAUAAACCCUGACAAUGUGGCCACACCCAUUGCUGCUAGUUUUGGUGAUCUGAUAACUCUCGCCAUAUUAGCUUGGAUAAGUCAGGGUUUGUACUCUUGUCUUGAGACAUAUUAUUACAUUUCCCCAUUAGUGUGUGCCUUUUUCUUGGCUCUGACUCCUAUCUGGAUUAUAAUAGCUGCCAAGCACCCAGCUACCAGGACCGUGCUUCACUCAGGCUGGGAGCCUGUCAUAACAGCCAUGGUUAUAAGCAGCAUCGGGGGCCUUAUUCUGGACACAACUGUAUCUGACCCAAACUUGGUUGGGAUUGUCGUUUACACGCCGGUUAUCAAUGGGAUCGGUGGCAAUUUGGUGGCCAUUCAGGCUAGCAGGAUUUCUACCUACCUCCAUUUACAUAGCAUCCCCGGAGAACUACCUGAAGAGCCCAGAGGCUGUUCCUACCCAUUUAGGACUUUUUUUGGUUCAGGAGUGAACAAUAAGUCUGCCCAGGUUCUCCUGCUCUUUGUGGUCCCAGGCCACUUGAUCUUCCUGUACACGAUUCAUCUGAUGAAGAGCGGCCACACCUCUCUGACUGUGGUCUUUGUUGUUGUGUAUCUGCUGGCUGCUGUGCUGCAGGUGUUCACCCUGCUGUGGAUCGCUGACUGGAUGGUCCAUCGCUUCUGGAGGAAAGGAAAGGACCCAGACAGUUUCUCCAUCCCGUACCUGACAGCACUGGGUGAUCUGCUUGGGACUGCUCUGCUGGCCUUAAGCUUCCAUUUUCUCUGGCUUAUUGGAGACCGAGAUGGAGACGUUGGAGACUAAUGGAACCUACAAGCUGUCGUGGGGUCACACAGGCAGCCAUUGCUGCCCAUCCCCAAGGCUCUUCAUCUGUCUUGUGACUUCUGCCAGGGUAGUCUGCGGUUCACCCUGACUCCAUAAAUGGCCUUAAUGAACUUUUUAAGGAAUUUGUGCCGAAACCACAAUGAACGGUAUUUGUGCUGCUUUUUGUAGAAUAAAUAAUUUGACACAGACAUAGAUACAAGCUCACAUUCUUAAAGUUAAUUUAGGAAAGAAUAUAGGAUGUUUACAAUGAGUUAGUUUUGAAACCACAGACCUAGCAGAAAUAGACUUUAUUAUUAAGUUAUAACGCACAGUUAGAGGCAAGGGAGCUUUAGCCUUCUUUGUCUUACAGCUGUGUCACACUACAGAGUGCUGUGACGUGACCGUGACUGGUGCCAGCCGAGCGUCCCCAUUAGGCCUUCUUCCCUGGGAGCUAGGCUACCAGUCACUUAACCCCCAAGACUCAUCCCACCAAACUUAACAACCAGCUCACUUGUACCCAUGUCUAAAACUGCCCUGUGCCAACGUUCAGCUCAGCUCAGCUCAGCUCAGCUCAGCUCAGCUCAGCUCAGCUCAGCUCAGCUCAGCUCAGCUCAGCUCAGCUCAGCUCAGCUCUGUGAGUUCUCAACAGCUAACCCUUUGAGUAGACUUUCUUGUUCUUUUGCGGAGGUGGGGUUGGGAGGUGGGGGCGGUCACUGUGUUGUCCCAACAGGCCUUCAGCUUGCUGGUCCUCUUGCUUUGCUUCUCCCCUCCUGGUGCUAAAAGCACUGAGCAGUCUCGAUCAUCGUGAUUAAAGCAGAAGAUGGGCUGAGCUGCAUUUGUGGGCCCAAGAUGGCAAGCGUGCAUGCAUGCGUGCGUGUGUGCGUGCGGGACAGACCAGAGAAAGACAGAGACAAAGUAAUUUAUUUUUCAAAAAUAACUACCAUUUAAUAUAAUGCAGACCUAAGAUCUGGGAAACGCAGGUGGUCCUGUUGCCCUUUAAGGCACCCUGCCUGUUGGAUGUCCCAAUCAGAGCUUCAUCUACAGGGACCACCUGGCCAAUAUUGUAAGCACCUAACCCCUGGCUACUCAGUAGUAAGCACUUUUAGAUCACUUAGCACUUAAAAAAAAACUGCUGUACAAUCUUUCAAGGCUGUUAAAUAUUUAAUAAUUUAAACUGCUGAGGGAAUAAAAUCUGCAUGACAUUGAUUGUCAUGUCGAGGUUGUGCUAUUGUGUAAGUAGCAGGUGGCUUGUAAAUAUCCUGAGGCAGUAUUCUUAUUAAGUCUUUAUGGAGGCUGUGGUUUAGAGUUGUAUAUUUUUGCUUAUUUUUAAACUUCGUUCAAUUCUCCCGCCUUAUAAUCAAACUUUUAAGGCAUAGAACUGAAUGAAUUACGAGGUCUCUCCUUUGGAGAGUUAGUGUCACAGAGUGAACAUUCUGACAAAAUAAGCGUAAAGUUUAAGUUGAUGAAUAAAUAUUUAGUUGCAAAGAUUAUUUUAUUUUUUAAAAAAUUAAUGAAUACUGUCUUUCAUUUUAUUAUAAAAGCAUUUGUGAAUUUGGGUUUUGCAUUUGGUUGUACAUUCUUUUGUUUUGUUUUUUUGUGGGUUUUUUUUUUUUUUUUUGAGACAGUCUUACACAGGUUAGGCUUAAACUUCAGAUCCACCUGCCUUAGCCUACUGGAAUUCAUUUUCUUUAACCCACAAAAAAUAUACAGAGUAAGCCCCAGUGUUAGCCCGGCCAGCAGUGGUAGGCACAAUGCCAAGCACACGGAGAUGCAAUAGACACUGCGUGUGGUGCUGAUGGCACCACCCUGCAGGUGGGUUGAGUGGAGACUUCUGUCUGUGUUUCAUGAGGGGGCCCUGGAAAUGCAGAGUGACAUUUGUAAGAGCUCAUAGCUACGCAGUGGACAGACUCUUCUAGACCAGUAGAUCUUGUCAGACACAUGUGUGUCCCACCCCCAGAUGUACAAAGUGUCCACCUAGUUACCCGAGAGAAAGCCCAAUCAAGUGUUACUAGUCUUUUAGAUUACCAGCAGGGAAGCCUCUACCUAAUGUGGACCACCUCUGAGCUAUUCCUGUUCCUAAGGUCAGAGAGACUGUAAAUGAACAUUUACGUUAUGACACAUUUUUUAUUUUAUAAUGAAGACUUUUAGACUAAAAAACAAUGCCUCACUUCUUAAGGCCUCCAAGAGCCAGCCCUCAUCCUAGAUCUACUAUGCCAGGCAGGAUAGCAAGAGAGGCUGAUUCUCAACCUUUCUCAGAACAGCAAAAUGUCUAAGACACAUGAAGUGGGCAGAAAUAGACUAAAUGUGUUGUGAAGGGAUACACACUGUUAAAUCUGGAUCUCUGUGUAUGGAUAUAAGUUUGAUUUACCCAUAAAGUUUAUUAUUGGUGUUAGGUAAAUAAACAGUAUUUUUAUGCCACACAAACCCCUGCUUUCCAAAACUCAUUUUCCACUCAUUUACCAGGCACAUUAUAUACACAGCCAAAAAAGAUCAUAUUUUUUUAUUCUUGGCCAUCCACUUAUUUUGAAAUUUCCAAAGUUUCUUAGAAGCUAAUAAGAUAGAAACACAUGGGGGCAUGUCUUAUGGAGAUAUCAGAAAAAGUCACACCAGAGAGUGUCUGUGAUGUAGCCAAAUGCAUCUUUUAAAAGUCGUAGGUGGUGGGGUUGUACCUACCUUCCCUGUGUCUGAAGUACAGUCUGCCACUAAGAGUGGGAUCUGGCCCCUUGGGAUUGCUGUAAACCCAAAUCAGAAUAAAAUCUGAGAAGCA